UUGUUGUCCAAAUUUGAAAGAAGUUGUUUAUCGAACUCAAAGUAAGCAAGGUAUUGCAAGAUAGUCCAUCAAUCUAUACAGGAGUGCCCAAUUUUCAUAAAACCUUCAACAUGAUUCUGCGGUAUUUUACCAACGGAUUACUCCGAUUGCUGUUCAUGACUUUGAUUGUGACUCUGAUAGGUAUCAUUACACUCACAUACAAUUGGCCAAAAGGGGCAGACGUAGAGUCGGUGCCACAGUCGACAGUGGGAGCUGCAGAGGACCCUGAGCCGACAGCGGCAUCUAGCGAGCCACUGGCGAGCAUCCGUCUAGACGAUGUUCUACUGGCGGAGCCCAGGCCCACGCCCGGACAGAGCAUAUUUUUCCACGAAACGAGCUCCUAUGAUGCCAAAAACAAACAUCUUAAUAUCCUGAAGCUAACCGCCCGUCAAUCGUGUGCUAUCGAAUCUGCUGCACUCCAUAAUCCGAAUUUCCAAGUGUUCGUUUUGUUCGUUGACCGAAAAUACAGUCUUGUUGUUGACCCCAACGUAGGGAAUAGAAGCAUCCAGCAGCCUCUUUUCGAUGCCAUCUUAAGCUAUAGCAAUGUCCAUUUGCGGCGUCUAAAUCUCUGGAGAUAUGCUGCAGGCACACCCAUGGAAGAAUGGCUCAGGGAGGGUAAUCUGUUUCGCUCGCGAUAUUUGGUCUCCCACAUCUCUGAUUUUCUGCGUUAUUUGACCCUAUUUCGCUAUGGCGGCCUGUAUCUGGACAUGGAUGUGGUCGUGCUUCGAAGAAUGGAGGAUAUACCACCAAAUUACACAGGAGCCGAGUCCGAUACUUUCCUUGCCGCUGGCAUCAUGAACUUAGCAGCCAGUGGCUUUGGUCAUCAGAUUGCCGCCUCUUGUCUGCACGACUUUCAGACAAAUUUCGAUGGCAAUGUUUGGGGGCAGAAUGGCCCAGAGGUGAUAACACGCGUGGCCCAACAGAUUUGCGGGACCAAGAAUAUCUCAGUGAUGCAGACGAAUCGCAAACGCUGCUUGGGUUUUAAGGUGUUUGGUAGAGGCGCCUUCUACGCUGUGACCUCUGAUAAGUGGCUGAACUUCUUUAAUCCACAUAAACUGGAGGAGACCUUGGCCCGCACCAAAGACUCGUAUGCGGUGCAUGUGUGGAACAGCCAAUCGGAAAAGCAACCAAUUAAGAUUGGGUCAACCUGUGCCUAUGCCAAAUAUGCCGAGAAAAAUUGUCCACGCGCCUAUCAUGCUGCAGGUGAAUACUUUUAGGAAUUUUAUCUUCAAGAUUCUCUGAAUUUUAAAAUUGUAAACGUCUUAUCAUGGAACGGGCCAGUCAUGAUCGACGUCGGAGAAUUGGGACUUUUAUAAAAUUAAUAUUUUGUUUUCUUUUACGUAUGGACUAAGGGACUAAGCAGUACGAAUACCCGUCUGAA